AUGGCGGCGGCCGGCCGGGAGCAGGAGCGGGACCUGGCGCGCUUCGUCUACGUGACACGCUUCGGCUCGCACCGGUGCGGCGGCAUCUUGCAGCUCGGCGGCCGCCGGGCUCAGGGCCGCGGGAGCACCGAGCGCGGGGCCGACUGCAGCCCCGAGGAGCCGCGGGCGGCGGCCCCGGCCGGCGCGGAGCUGACCCCCGGCCCUCGGUCCCGGGCCCCCGCGGCCUCCCCACCGGCGCGGGCGUCGAGCGCGCGGAGCUGUCCCCGGCCGGCGGCGCGAGCAGGUUUAACCCAGAAGAAUUUAGCUAAAAAGUUUGAUUUCCCCAUCCCUUUGAAUGAAGUUUCCAAAAUAAUGAAGAAAAAGAAAAAGGUUUCAGUAUGGAAUAGAGUGUACAAAGUCAUUUCUAGAAUGCUUGAAGAAAAUGAAAAAUAUAGAUUCAGGCUGAAAUGCCAACAACUAUCUUGUGAAAACUCAAAUUACACAAGAUGA